GCGUACCCGGCCCGGCCCCUGAGCUUAUUGGGUCCCGCUCCCACUCUUAUCUAUCUUAUCAAUUUUCAAGCCCAGACUGCUCCUAAAAGUAUAGUAUCUCACAGGUCGAACUUCGAAACCAGAUUCGAAAAUUCUUACAGAGAAGAAGAAGAUGAAGCUAAAAGUCUACGUCGAUCGUAUGUCACAACCAUCUCGGGCUGUUAUCAUCUUCUGCAAGAUGAACGGAAUCGAUUUUGAGGAAAUCAAAGUGGACUUGGCUAAACGCCAACAAUUGUCUCCUGAAUUUAAAGAAAUAAACCCUAUGAGACAAGUGCCUGCAAUAGUUGAUGGAAGAUUUAAGCUGUUCGAGAGCCAUGCAAUUCUCCGGUAUAUAGCUGGCGUGUUUCCUGGAGUUGCAGAUCAUUGGUAUCCAUCUGAUAUAUUCAAAAGAGCAAAGAUCGACUCAGUAUUGGAUUGGCAUCAUUCUAAUCUACGGCGUGGUGCAGUUACAUACAUUAUCAACUCUACACUUGCACCUGUGCUUGGUCUGCAAUUGAAUCCACAAGCAGCUGCUGAAGGCGAGAAAAUGUUGUCUGCAUCACUUGGAAAGAUCGAGUCCAUUUGGCUCAAGGGGACUGGCAGGUUUUUGCUGGGAAGCUCCCAACCAUCCAUAGCAGAUCUCAGCUUAGUUUGUGAACUUAUGCAACUAGAGAUUGUUGAUGAGCAAGACAAGAAUCGAAUAUUAGACCCUUACAAGAAAGUUCAGCAGUGGAUUGAAGAUACUAAGCACGCGACAAAACCUCAUUUCGAGGAAGUACAUGUGGUCCUCUUUAAAGUGAAAGAAAAGCUACAAUCACAGCGGUCGCGUAGAACUGCAUUCCCCUCAAAACUGUGACAACUUGAAUGCAUCUCCAAUCUGUACGUUAUACCAUGUAUCUUCUACCACUGCCUGACCUUGAGCAAAGGCUUGUUUUAUAUACUCUGAACCUUUUAUUUUCUUGCUAAACUUGUAAUAGUUCUGGCGCAAUAAUAGCUACCACUGAUCUCCAUGUAUCAAAAUACAGGAUUCUAUAUUUAGAAAUUUGUACCAUUGAAUUAUGAAAGACAUUCCCUAGUAAUAUGAACCAAAGUGCGAAAUUGGUAUCAUUGACUUAUGAACUUUUUAUUUCAAAUGAUAAAUUUUCUUAUUAGAUCA